AUGAUGCACUAUUGGAUAGAUCCUAUAACUAAAGAAUAAUAUAAAAAAAAUUAUGAAAAAAAAUUAUUAAAAUAAAAACUUUACAAAGGAAAUACAGUUUUUAUUUUAACUUCCAAAAAUGUAGUAGAAGUUACUAAAAAAUAUUAUAAUUGUCCAACAGCUGAAGGAAUGUAUCUUGAAAAUACAGGUGGUGAAUUUACUAUAGGUUCUCAUUGGAAAAGAACAUUUGUUUAUAAUGAAUUAAUGACUGGAUCUGAAUUAAAUGUUAAAAGUACUCUUUCUAUGUUUACAAUUGCUCUUUUAAAAGACACUGGUUUUUAUUCUGAAGUAAAUGAGAAUAUGGCCGGUUAGCUAUUUUGGGGUAAAGGAAAAGGUUGCGAUUUCUUAGAAAAUGUUUGCUAAAGUAAAACUAAAUACCCUGAAUUUCCUUAAAAAGUUGAUGAUUUUUAAUGCUCAUUUGAAUAUGAAGGAUUUGGUGAUGUAAAAAUAUACUAAAGCGUAGACAAAUGUUAAAUGGUAUAUCCAGAAAUGGAAGAUCUAUGUACAAAUCCUAAUGCAAUAGAGGAUGAAGAAGAUUUGGAAAUAGAAGAGGAUAAAUUAUCUGAUUAUUCAAAUUAAAGUAAAUGCUUCUAAUCUACAGCCGUAAAAUCCUCAUCUUAAUAUACAUAUGAUACUUCUGUAAGAUGUCAUAGAUUCAAAUGUUCUUCUGAUGCAUCUGAAAUAUCUGUUAUUUUCCCUGAUAUUUAAUUGCAAGUUUUAUGUGGAAUAGGGGAUUAAGGUAAAUAAAAGGAUAUUGAUAAAAGUGGUAAAAAAGCCAAAGGUUAAAUCACAUGUCCUUAAGAUUAUAAUAGAUUCUGUAAUAAUUCCCGUAUAUGUCCGAAUUUCUGUUCCUAAAAAGGAGUCUGUGUAAACGGAUAAUGUAUAUGCUAAUCUGGAUAUGGAGGGGAAAAUUGUAUUACAAAAUGCUCCGGAGUAGUCAAUGAUGGAAGAUGUAUAUAAAGCUCUUGCCCUUCAGGUAAAUUCAAGAAUCCAGAUAAUACUUGCAAAUCAGAUUGUCCUUAAGGCUUUUAUGGAAAGGAUGGUAAUUGUGAACCAUGCCAUAAUAGUUGCUCUAGAUGUACUGGACCAUUACUUAAUCAGUGUACUAAAUGUUAGUUUUUGACAUUAUUGCAAGAUAACUAGUGUGUAGAAUAAUGUGAUGAGAAACAAGGAUAUAAAUCUAAUUAUGAUUUGCGUAUAUGUGAGUCUUAGUCAUCCACAAAAUGUUAAGGUAAUUGCUAAACUUGUGAAAAAAAGAAUUCUCCUUUAUGUAUAACUUGUAAAUAAGGCUUUUAUAAAUAAGCUGAUAAGUCGUGCUAAAAUACAUGUGCUAUUGGAUCUUAAUUAACGUAAAAUUCAUAAGAAUGUGUAAAACCUUUUGAUGGAUGUCUUUAAUAUAAGGAUUCUAAUACAUGUAUUAAAUGUGAUACUUCUAAAAAUUAUAGAUUAGGUUCAGAUAAAAAAUGUACAUUGUGCAACUAAAAUUGCUCAUAAUGUAAUCCUAAGAAUCCGUCUGAGUGUCUUGUUUGUGAGGGAGUUAACUUAAAAAGUCAUGAUAGUAGAAGUUGUUUAAAUAUAUGCCCUGGUGCUAGUUUUUAUUCUGAUAGUAUUGGAAAAUGCUAAUAAUGUCCUCUAAGAUGUUAAAAUUGUAAUGAAAAUGGUUGCAAAAAAUGUUAAAAUGGUUAUUAUAUUGAUUCAAAAACUAAAGCUUGCACUUAAUGUCUUUCUAAACAUACUAAUUGUACAUCCUGUGAUGAUCCCAACUGUUUAUAGUGUAAUGAUAAUUUAAAAAAAAAAUGCUUGCAAACCUCUGCAAAUGAUGGAAAUUUAGGAAGUGGAAAUAAUGUAAUUAAUGGAACUAAUAUAAUAAAAUGUCCGACAGGAUGUAAAAUAUGCAAUCAAUCUAAACAAUGCUCUUAAUGUAAUUAAGGUUUUAUUUUAGAUGAUAAAACUAAAAAAUGUAUUACUUGUAUUUAAAAAUACGGUAAUUGUAUAGCAUGUACGGAAAAUAAAUGCACUACUUGUUUUUCUGGGCAUACAUAUAAUGAAAAAUUAAAAUAAUGCACUAAAAUCGAUUCCUCUAGAAAAUUAUUUUAAAUUUAAGGAGAUGAUUAAAAAUUAAAUAAUUAUCAAGGAGUCUAUGGUUUUUUUAUUGGUUAUGUUAUAUUUGGAUUAUUAUUGUGAUAUUUUUGAAACAAAAAAAAUAAUGUUUAUUUUAUAAUUAAUUAUUAUGAUUUUUUUUUAUUUAGCAUUAAAAAUAUUUCAUUGUUUUUAUAUUUAUUAUAUUUUUUAUUUAUUUUUUAUAAUAUAAAAGUAAUAAUUAAUAGGUUAUUGAUAUU